CCAGAGUCCAGCCCAGAGUCCAGCCCAGGAGUGAGCCUCCGCCCCCACCGAUGUCUGGCCUGGCUUUGGAGCUCUCCACCGGUGUCCUCUCUCCUCCUUGCGCCCCGCAGCCGGCCGCUGCAAUGAGUGACCCCGAGCUAGGCAGUGACAGCGACAGCGUGGCGCGCCACUGGCGCAGGUCCUGGUACGAGCAGCUGGUGCAGCCGUGUCUCGUGGAACUGCUGGGCUCUGCCCUCUUCAUCUUCAUCGGGUGCCUGUCUGUCAUCGGGAACGAGGCGGGCCUGGGGCUGCUGCAGCCGGCGCUGGCGCACGGGCUGGCCCUGGGCCUGGUCGUCGCCACGCUGGGGAACAUCAGUGGUGGACACUUUAACCCUGCGGUGUCCCUGGCAGCUAUGCUGAUUGGAGGCCUCAAGCUAAUGAUGCUCCUUCCCUACUGGAUCUCCCAGCUGUGCGGGGGGCUGAUUGGGGCCGCCUUGGCCAAGGCUGUGACUCCCGGGGAGAGGUUCUGGAAUGCGUCAGGGGCGGCCUUUGUGACGGUUCAGGAGAACGGGCAGGUGGCAGGGGCUGUGGUGGCGGAGAUCAUCCUGACCACCGUCCUGAUGCUGGCUGUCUGCAUGGGCGCUAUCAACGCGAAGACACAGAGCCCGCUGGCCCCGUUCUCCAUCGGCUUUUCUGUGACGGUGGAUAUCCUGGCAGGGGGAGCUGUGUCUGGAGCCUGCAUGAAUCCUGCCCGUGCCUUUGGACCUGCGGUGGUGGCCGGCCACUGGGAUUACCACUGGAUCUACUGGGUGGGCCCGCUCCUGGCCAGCAUGUUCGUAGGAAUGCUUGUCAGGUUUUUCAUUGGAGAUGCAAAAACCCGCAUAAUCCUAAAGGGAGAAUGAAACCAAGAUGGUGUCAUUCCUGCUGUUCUGGUGCCUUGUUCUGAGACUGCUCCUUGGCUGCAGAAAGGGCCGCUUCUACAUUUCUUCCUUGGACCGGUGCCCAGGAGCUGCUGGCUGGCUUCCUGACUUGGGUCCUACUUUUCAGACUGACUGCUGCUAGUCCUGAAGAUGGCUGAGCAUCUUCAAAUGCCUUUGUAUUCACCAGAGGCCUCAUCCUGGGAAUGUGUCACUAGUGCGUCCCAGGAGGUGGCAAAACUAGCCUAACAGAAAAUAUUUUUCCUUGACAGGGAGGGUCCUAGAGCUUGAGAGUAGUUGGAAGAGAUGGCUGUUUAUGUUCAGCAGUUCAUUUUCCCCCACCUCUUCCUCCCUCCCUGGUUGAUUGCUCUGUUGUAGCGAGUCUUCUGUGGCCUAAUUUACCUGCUUCCUGAGCUGCCGUUGGACUUUGUAAUAAAGAAUCUAUUACUUCCUUCCAUGUGUUCACUAGUUUCCCUUUCACUUCAGAAAUGAACUCAACUGGAGGGAAACUCAAAUGUCCAUGUUGGGUUUCAACUGCCCAGAAUCCAGUUAAGCCUCAAGCCUUGUUCAAGAUCCAGAAUCCAGAGAGGUACUUGGAGUAGUGGUAAAGCCAGAUCACCUAGACCCAUCUGGGUACUAUAAUCUCGGGCUCAGAGUCAGUAUCCAGUUUGGAUUCCAAGUCAGUUCCAGAUCAGAGAUCUCAAGACCCUGCUGAGAAGCCCAGCACAGAGCCUAGG